AUGGCCCAGGCUGGGGGAUUCGCUCCCACGCCCCGCUGCCCCCUCCCCUGAGCCGGGUGAUCUGGGAGACUCCCUCCCUCCGUCCCUCCCGCCCCACGCGCGACAAGGGGAUGGCUCCGUGGCCUCACGGGAACAGUUCUCUGGCCUCGUGGCCAGACGCCCCUACCCUGGCGCCCAAUACCGCCAACACGAGUGGGCUGCCAGGGGUGCCGUGGGCGGCGGCGCUGGCCGGGGCGCUGCUGGCGCUGGCGGUGCUGGCCACCGUGGGAGGCAACCUGCUGGUAAUCGUGGCCGUCGCCCGGACGCCGAGACUCCAGACCAUGACCAACGUGUUCGUGACUUCGCUGGCUGCGGCCGACCUGGUGGUGGGACUCCUGGUAGUGCCGCCGGGGGCCACCUUGGCGCUGACUGGCCACUGGCCGUUGGGCGCCACUGGUUGCGAGUUGUGGACGUCGGUGGACGUGCUGUGUGUGACGGCUAGCAUCGAAACCCUGUGCGCCCUGGCCGUGGACCGCUACCUGGCCGUGACCAACCCGCUGCGCUACGGCGCACUGGUGACCAAGCGCCGCGCCCGAGCAGCGGUGGUCCUGGUGUGGCUCGUGUCCGCCGCGGUGUCGUUUGCGCCCAUCAUGAGCCAGUGGUGGCGCGUAGGGGCGGACGCCGAGGCGCAGCGUUGCCACUCCAAUCCGCGCUGCUGCGCCUUCGCCUCCAACAUGCCUUACGUGCUGCUCUCCUCCUCCGUGUCCUUCUACCUUCCGCUUCUCGUGAUGCUCUUCGUCUACGCGAGAGUGUUCGUCGUGGCUACGCGCCAGCUGCGCGUGCUGCGCGGGGAGCGGGGCCGCUUUCCGCCAGAGGAGUCUCCGCCGGCCGCGUCGCGCUCUCGGUCCCCCGCCGCGCCGGGGACGUGCGCCUCGCCGAAGGGAGUGCCCUCCUGCGGCCGGCGGCCCGCGCGCCUGCUGCCUCUCCGGGAACACCGGGCCCUGCGCACGCUGGGGCUCAUCAUGGGCACCUUCACUCUCUGCUGGUUGCCCUUCUUCCUGGCCAACGUGCUGCGCGCCCUCGGGGGCCCCUCUCUAGUCCCCAGCCCGGCAUUCCUUGCCCUUAACUGGCUAGGCUACGCCAACUCCGCCUUCAACCCGCUCAUCUACUGCCGCAGCCCGGACUUUCGCAGCGCCUUCCGCCGCCUCCUGUGCCGCCGCGGGCGGGAGGAGCCCCGCGCCGCCGCCUCCCCGGCCCGCGUCCCCUCGGGCGCCCCCGCAGCCCUGAGCAGCCCCGCGCAGUCCAGGCAGUGCCCGCCGCUCGACGGGGCUUCCUGGGGAGUCUCUUAGGUCUGAAGGACAAGAAGCAACAAACUCCAUUGACCCAGAACCUUCGGAAAGCCUCUGGCCUCUGUACAGAAUGAGCCCGGAAUCCCCCGGCUGCAAACUCUGCCCUCCAGAGCCUGAGGGAUGGCCCGUGGCAUGGGGAGGGCGUCCCUACCAAGUGGGUUUCACCACCCUCUCCGUCUCUCUUUCUGAGAAGAGUUUUCUAAACCCCACCCCUGGACUUCACUGGUACCUUGGAAGUAGUGCUCAGCUGCCCUGGAGUAGCCGGGCUGGCUUUGGUUGGGGCACCUAGCACCUUGGGCAGUUGUGUGCUUCAUGAUCGGGGCAGAGAGAACACCCCGGUUCCCUCACUGCUGCUGUCCAGACCCUGGUGAG